AUGCUGUCGUGGACACCGUUUGCAAGCCAAUACGAGCGACUUUUAAUUUUUCCUUCGUGUUGGGCUGCACGUUCAGGGUGCACUACGACAUGCACGGUUCAGGAAGAAGAUCAGCCAUGUUCGAUCGGAAUCUGGAGUAGCAUCACGAUCGUCCCCCCCACUGUGGGAAAGCUGUUAAGGUCUAGACCCGGCCGGCAGCCUGACAUGGCAGCGGCUGUCUUCAACACCACCGCCUCGAGCUGCCCACCGUAA